GACGAGGAGGUAGAAAAACAGUAGUAAACAAAAAUAAACCUGCAACGCAGAAAUCUGAGAAAAGUACUUGUCGUUGUUUUUCGCUUUAAUCAGGAUGAAUGGGGAUGACAGUCCGGUUCUUCUGUACGCACACCCUUCAAUGGCAGCAUUAGCAGAAAACAUUGCCACGAUAUGCUCCCAAAUGACCAGUCUAAAGGAUCCGCCGCAGAAGUCGGCAUUCCAUCGAGGCCCUGUCCGUGCCUUGUCAAUUUCAGGAUCCGGCUCCAAACCACGAGAAGUUGACUUCAGAAAGACCAUCCAAUGGAAUACAUUUCAUGACGGAUUUCCCAAUUUGUUUAUCGAAGAUGUCAAGUAUAUGGCGGGGAAAGAUGUUAUUUUCAUUGGGAGUUUCCACAGUCCUGAUGUCAUCUUUGAGCAGCUGUCGGUCCUGUACAUGUUCCCGCGAUAUUUAGCGCGCUCCUUUCAUUUCAUUAUGCCGUACUUUCCCACUGGGACUAUGGAGCGAGUCGACACCGAGGGACAAAUCGCUACAGCGAAAACACUGGCCACUCUGCUGUCCGGCAUACCUCUCACCACAAAAGGACCAGCUCAAAUUGUUAUAUUUGACAUCCACGCACUUCAAGAGAGAUUUUAUUUUUCCGAUAAUGUCAUCCCUAGGCUUGAGUCAGCAGUCCCACUGUUGCUGAGGGAAAUGAAAUCUCUGCCGGAUUGUGAUAAUGUAAGUGUUGCAUUUCCAGAUGAUGGCGCCUGUAAAAGAUUUCACAACUUCUUUCCGGGUGAUGAUCCAAUUACAUGUGUGAAGAUCAGAGAUGGCAAUCGUAGAAUUGUUAAGGUGAAGGAUGGAAACCCUGCUGGAAGGCAUGUCCUGAUUAUUGAUGAUCUGGUUCAGUCUGGGGGAACACUCAAGGAAUGCGCAAAAGCCCUAUAUGAAAAAGGAGCUACUAAAGUCAGUGCUUACGUCACACAUGCUGUGUUCCCUAAAGAAUCAUGGAAGAAAUUUGUCGAUUCUGACGUCAAAUUUGAGAACUUUUGGAUUACAGACUCACUGCCCCAUGCUAAAAUGAUCUGUGAGCAUCCACCAUUUAAACUUCUCUCUCUGAGCGAGCCUAUCGCUGAAAUGCUCCUGGGAUACGACUUGAUGCCAUACUGCUAAACUACUCAUUAAAUACAGGGUAGAUUGAAAUAUAGUUACACGUCUAAUUACACUGUAGAAGAUUAGAGAAGUAGUUAUUGAAGUAAAAGUGUAAAAAUUUAUGUUUGUGAUUUAUUUAAGAUGGCAAUGUUUUACAAAAGAUGCAAAGAAAAGGCAGCCAUGUGUCUAAAAAUAAAUGUGCAAUCCAGUACAAGUCUGUUUGAAAAUGAUUGUCUUAAUUUUGUAAGUGACAUUUGCAGUUUUCUUGUUCUGUUGUGAGUACACACCUACACAUGAAGUGUAUACAUGUGGUUAUUUUUUUUACUGAAAAUUUUGAAGAUUUUUAUGGAUUUAAGUUUGCUUUUGUUAUGAUUGUAGGGACUAAAUACAGUUAAGAAUUGUAUUUACACUGCCUGCCAUAAAGACACUAGAUAUAGAUUACCUGCUGGAAAGUGUACACACAGACUACUGCUAACUGUAUAUAUAGGUCUUACACUUAUUUAAAGUGUACUAAAGUAUACACACAGGUAUUCACAGCUAAGAAAUUAUGUUCUUGUUCUGUUUUACAUAUUUCACAAAGAGCAACAUUUUCCCAGUUUUUGACGAAUUUUCAAAACUCCCCAAAUCACAAAAUCUAAAUUUAACCAAAAUCAUGAGAGCCUGCAUUUUCAUAAUUAGAACUGGGAACACAUUUUAUCUCCAAUUUUCAAUUUAUGUGAGAAACAGAUGUCUUCUGUUCAGGAUGUUUUUUGUGAUAAAAAAAAAGAAAUUUAUUAUUAAUUUCUACAAUAGCCAUGAAAACACACACUGAAAUUAGGCUGAAAAACUGGAGAAUUUGAAUAAUUUUGAUUGUAUAGAGUUUGAAUCACUCUGAAUGAUUUUUUAACCAUUACACAUAUGUAGUACUUUGUAUGGUUGUAAAAGGACAACUGUUGAUGUGCACACCAUGUACUUAUUUAUGGCAGACACCAUCAUGUUUAGUUGCUUUUAUUAUUUCAUGUCAGUUGAAGAUUAAGGGACCAGUCAUAGUUUUAUUUGUUCAGAUCGUAAUGAUUUUAUAUUUCUAAUAUACAGUUUUUUGUAUAGUCAUUUUUUUCUAUUAGUUAUAUUACAUAUAUUAUAACUGUGAAAUAAAGUUUAUAGCAUCGCUUUG